UAAUUUCAUUUUUUGUGUCCUUCCUUAUUUUCCCCUGAAUUCGAGAUCCUCAAAUUCUGGAAUCUUCAUUUUCUCUCUCCUCUCCAUUCGCUAAUUAUUGCCAACCCCCACCGCCGGAGAUUUUUAUUUUCUUUUUGUUGCAAGAACACAUUUUUAUAUUUUUAAUACCCUCAAAAUUUUGGAAUUUAGGCUUAGAAAGAAGCCCAAUAUCUUCAGUCAUUGUACUAAAACAAAAGGUUAUUGGUGGCAAAGCUGAAGCUUUCUGAUUUUGGGAGAAAUGGUGAAUUUGGGAUUGUUUUCCAGUGAAAAUGGAGUAAAAUCAGUGAGUGUUAAUUUUAGAAUACCAUACUUUACUCAAUGGGGUCAAAGCCUUCUUGUGUGUGGGUCGGUUCCAUCACUUGGUUCAUGGAAUGUAAGAAGGGGUCUACUAUUGAGCCCCACGAGUCAAGGUAGUGAACUUAUAUGGGGUGGAACUAUCGAGGUUUCCAGUGGGUGCGAAUGCGAAUACAGUUACUAUGUGGUGGAUGAUGAUAAGAAUAUACUGAGGUGGGAAAUGGGGAAGAAGAGGAAGCUUUUGUUGCCAAGUAGUAUACAAGAUGGGGAAAUUGUUGCGUUUCAUGAUCUUUGGCAGGCUGGUUCAGAUACUCUACCUUCUAGUAGUGCAUUCAAGGAUGUCAUUUUUCGUAAUAGUUCAAGCUUGACCGUUGAGAGACCCCUUGGUGUUCUACAGAAUAAAUUAGGUCUUGAAGAUUCAGUCCUCGUAAAUUUUAAAAUUUGCUGUCCGAACCUAGACGAAGGGACAUCUGUUUAUGUGAUAGGCAGUCCUCAAAAGCUGGGACAGUGGAAGACUGAAGGUGGUCUAAAGCUCAGUUAUGCAGGUGACUCGGUUUGGCAGGCGGACUGUGUGAUAGGAAAAGAGGAUUUCCCCUUAAAAUACAGAUAUGGAAAAUAUGACAAGGCUGGAAAGUUUGCAAUUGAGAUAGGGACAAAUAGAAAGCUUUUAGUGGAAUCAUUGAGUAACCAAGCAAGAUACAUCUUUCUCUCAGAUGGGAUGAUGAGGGAAAUGCCAUGGCGGGGUUCUGGCAUGGCAAUCCCUAUGUUCUCAGUUCGUUCAGAAGAGGAUCUCGGAGUUGGGGAGUUUCUUGACUUGAAGCUAGUUGUUGACUGGGCUGUUGCCUCAGGUUUCCAUUUAGUUCAACUUUUGCCAAUUAAUGACACCUCUGUACAUGGGAUGUGGUGGGAUUCAUACCCUUACAGCUCUCUUUCAGUGUUUGCAUUGCAUCCCUUGUAUCUGAGAGUUCAAGCACUUUCAGAAAAUAUUCCUGAAGAAAUUAAGCUAGAGAUUGUGAAGGCAAAAGAAAGACUGGAUGUGAAGGAUGUUGAUUAUGAGGCUACAAUGGCUACCAAGCUUUCCAUUGCUAAGAAGAUUUUCUCCCUGGAAAAGGACCUGACACUCAAGUCUAGUUCCUUCCAGAAAUUCUUUCUUGAGAAUGAGGAGUGGCUGAAACCGUAUGCAGCCUUCUGUUUUUUGCGGGAUUUCUUUGAAACCUCGGAUCAUAGUCAGUGGGGUCGUUUCUCUGAUUUUUCAAAAGAGAAGCUUGAGAAACUCGUCUCAGACGACAGUCCUCACUACAACAUUGUUUGUUUUCACUAUUACAUACAAUACCAUUUGCAUUUACAACUGUCAGAGGCUGCUGAACAUGCAAGGAAAAAAGGAGUGGUGUUGAAAGGAGACCUCCCAAUUGGUGUCGACAGAAAUAGUGUCGAUACCUGGGUCUAUCCAAAUUUGUUUCGGAUGAACACAUCAACUGGAGCUCCACCUGAUUAUUUUGAUAAAAAUGGGCAGAAUUGGGGUUUUCCAACUUAUAAUUGGGAGGAAAUGUCAAAAGACAAUUAUGGAUGGUGGCGUGGCCGUUUGACUCAGAUGGCGAAGUACUUUACAGCUUUUAGAAUUGAUCAUAUAUUGGGCUUCUUUAGAAUUUGGGAACUACCAGAGCAUGCUGUUACUGGACUAGUCGGAAAGUUCAGACCAUCAAUUCCCUUAAGCCAGGAAGAGCUUGAAAAAGAGGGGAUAUGGGACUUUGACCGAUUGAGUCGUCCAUACAUCCGACAAGAGUUUUUGGAGGAGAAAUUUGGUUCUUCUUGGACAAUUGUUGCAGCUCUUUUCCUAAACGAAUGUCAAAAAGGGCAUUAUGAGUUUAAGGAAGAUUGCAACACUGAGAAGAAGAUAGCUUCCAAGCUCAAGGAUAGCACAGGGAAAUCAUUGUUGCUUGGAAGUGAAGCUGAACUAAGGAUCAAUCUGUUUGAUCUUCUGCGGAAUAUAGUUUUGAUCAGAGAUCCAGAGGAUACUAGCAAAUUCUAUCCUCGUUUCAAUCUUGAGGACACUACAAGUUUUACAGAUCUAGAUGAUCACAGUAAAAAUGUUCUGAGAAGAUUGUAUUAUGAUUAUUAUUUCCAUCGGCAAGAAAACCUUUGGCGGCAAAAUGCUAUGAAGACUCUGCCAGUCCUCUUGAAUUCAUCAGAUAUGUUGGCUUGUGGUGAAGAUUUAGGGAUGAUUCCUUCUUGUGUUCAUCCUGUCAUGCAAGAGCUUGGCUUGAUAGGCUUACGGAUUCAGCGUAUGCCAAAUGAGCCUGAUUUGGAAUUCGGCAUUCCAUCCCAGUAUGGGUACAUGACAGUAUGUGCUCCCUCAUGUCAUGACUGCUCUACUAUGCGUGCUUGGUGGGAAGAAGAUGAAGAGAGAAGGCGUCGGUUUUGCAAGACCGUGAUGGGAUCAAAUAAACUACCACCCAGCAAAUGCAUUCCAGAGAUUGCUUAUUUUAUCAUCCGUCAGCAUGUUGAAUCCCCUUCAAUGUGGGCUAUUUUCCCUCUCCAGGAUUUAUUGGCCUUGAAGAAUGAGUACACAACUCGCCCUGCAACAGAGGAGACGAUUAAUGAUCCCACGAAUCCUAAACAUUACUGGAGAUUCCGCUCCCAUGUCACUUUAGAAAUGUUGCUGAAGGACCAGGAAUUGAAGACCGCCAUUAAAGAACUUGUUCGUAGCAGUGGGAGAUCAUAUCCUCAUGAUGAUGACGAAACAGUAGCAGUUUCAAACAAAGGGAAUGAGCCGCCUGCAGUAGCUUCAAAAAUAGUCCAACCAAAUGGUGCCUCGCAAGAAGAAGAAGAGGAUGCAGUUGCAGUGGCGGUUUUGUAAGAGCAAGUAGGGAAGUUUGCCCUUUCUCACUAGGAAAUUGUUAUUAGGGAUGCAUGUCUGUGUCAACCAGUUUUAUCACCAUUAUCCUACGCUGUUUAGUGAUACCGAGCCCUAAAAAUGGGCAAAAGCCCGAACAAUCAUGUGGUAAUAAUUUGUAAGAUAAUAUGGUGUUUCUACCUAUGAUUUUUGAUGGAAUUGAAUAAAAUUUUGUAACUUUGGUCUAA